CCCUAACAACCUCAUAACAAUUCUUCUCCUUAUAUGCCUUUUUAAAACUCAUCAAAAGACAAAAGCAACUGGUUUUGGUAAUCUCAAAAGAUGUAGUCUCUCGUUAUGCAUGCUGUUAAUUUUAUUCAAGUUGCACAUGACUGUCUUUUGCCGGUUAAAUGCCUAAUUGAUAGGUUUCUAACAAAAGGUGGCUAAAUUAACAAAAGAUGACUGUCUUUUGCCCGGUUAAAUGCCUAAUUGAUAGUUCCUGACUAAACUAAGUGUUUCACUUUUCUCUUUGAAUUCAGCGAUACAAACAGCUGAUGAGUUCUCGAAGAUAAUGGCCUUCUAUUGUUAAUCAAUCCAUUCGAGCAGGGCAGUUUUUGAUAGGAAGCUUGUAAAUCAACUUACCUCGAGCAGGGCAGUCUUCACGGCGAUUGCUGCUUGCGAGGGCGACUGGAGACGAUGGCGACGGGACGGCGAGCUGCUUGCGACGGCGAGAUGGUGGACGGAAGCGCUGGCGAGGGCGACGAUGGCGACGGGACGGCGAGCUGCUUGCGACGGCGAGAUGGUGGACGGAAGCGCUGGCGAUGGUGGACGGAAGCGCUUGCGAGGGCGACUGGCGACGAUAGCGACGGGACGACGAGCUGCUUGCGGCGGCGAGCUGCUGGCGAUGGUGGACGAAAGCGCUGGCGAUGGUGGACGGCGCCGCUCUCCCUCUAUUGUUUCCUUUGUUCAGGUCGAAGAAUGGAGAAAGAAAAGGAAAGGUAGGGUUUUCAGUUUUGUUUGGCUGGCGGCUGCCCAAUUCCUUUUUUUUUUUAGGGUUAAUUAAACGGCCGAACCGAGCGACCGGUUCGAGCGGCUCGAGCGGUUAACCGCUUCGACCGCUCGCCGGCCGCCGUAUUAAACCGUAGCGGCUAAAUAGCUGAUCCGAGCCGGUUUUGCGGCCGGGUGGCGGCUUUGGCGGUCCGGCCGGCCGGCUCGGCUCGGCUUUGACAGCACUGCUUGUAUAGCAAUAACUUUCACGUUUGUGAGAAAUAUAGCCAUAACUAUUGGAAAACACGAAAUAGUCAAGAAAUUGGAUGGUCGUGUGACAAAUCUAGCCAUUUCCAUUAGAAACUUUAACGGUGUUAAAGACGUCGUCAGUUCUGUUAGCGAUACGCUGACAAGGACGCAAAAUCAACGCACACAUCAUCGACAAAUCAUCAUCAAAUGACACGUAGAUUACAUAUAAUAUUUAUUUUAAAAUAUCAAUUAUAAAAUAAAAAAAAGUAAAACAACCGACCUUCCCCUUCCUCCAAUUCGCGGCCGCUUCGACCCUGACCCUUCCUCCCACCUCCGCCCACUCCCACCUCCAGAAAAUAAAAUUCGCACCACCGCUGCUAGAAUCGUUGGCUACUCAACAUCUCCAGUCUCCAAAAGGUUAAUCUUCUUGGCCGCCAGAAUAGGCUGACGAGGGAUUUGUUCAGGGCUUUUUGAAUUGAUUCCCGAUGCAACUGCUUCUUCUUCCUUGGAUGGCUGUUCUCCGGGAGAAGUUGGAGGGUUGGACAUGGUUUGAGGAUUUGGGAUCCGAGGAUGAUGUUGAUGAUGAUGUUUCCUUUUCCUUGACGGAUCUAUGGCUCUUGCGACUAGGGAUUGUAGCUGUUUGCUACGGUGGAAACGGAGAGGGAUCCGGAUUGGCGGUGACGGAGCGACGGAAGAUGGGGAUUUCAAAUCUCAAAAUUGAGCCACUUUGCCAAAUCGCCAAUUCGCGGCCACGGCCUUCUCUUCCUCCCUCGUCCGCCAUUAAACCCAGAAAAUCAAAGAAAAACUCAGAUCCAACUUUCCUAAAACAGAAUCAAACGAAAACUCCAAAGAAAUUGACACACAAGAUAAAAAAAAAAAUUUGCCUCUCACCUUCGUCGCUGUUGUUAAACGGCGUCCCCCCUCGCCGUUGUCAUUGUCAUCGUCGACGGUGUUCGCCUCCAGUCGCCACCGACAAAGUAUUAUCUUCGUUUCCCUCAUUUGUUUCCAGAAGUAAUGAGAGGUAGGGGUAAAUCGAAGAGAAGAAGAAGGUGCAGCCCCCUGUUUGGUCCAGUUCGGAUUUGGAAGAUUCGUGGGUUUGGAGGAGAAAGGAAAGAAGAACGAGAAAGAGAGUGGUCGACAGAGGGAACGAAGAGAGCGGGGAGAGAAAAAAAUAAAAAAAGUUAAUUAAUUAAUUUUUAAUUGUUUUAGUUAAUUCCACCUCAUAUUAUUAUUGACAAAAUAUCGCCAACUCAGCAUAAAGAUACUCAAACACAUCUUUACAUCUCUCUCAACCACUCUACUACAGCAUCUCGACUCACAUCUCCCUUGAAGUCCUUACCACCCAGACUCUUCAUCUUUGCAUAGUCUAAUAGUGGCGGUCUUGCAUCAACCGCCCCCACUCCUCUCGUCUGGUCAGUAGGAACAUUAUGACAACUUCCGUGCGAGCUACAAGGAAAUAUUGGCCUUAGAUUGAUCCACACAAAAUUCAUUCUCCACCAAAUCUUUCACUUGGUUAAAACAAAAAUUUCCCAAUAAUUAUUUGGGAAAUAAGUUCAAAACUCAAUUUUGAAAACUAUGAUGCAACUAAUUCCAUCUAACAUACAAUAAACUUAAUCACGUAAA